ACAUUAAAAAUCUUCUUAAGACCCAAAGAGUGUGUGUACGUACCCUUCAAGUUUUUAACAUUCAGGCAUAUUAGAGGCACAAACUCCCCGACAGCAGCAGAGAGCAACUUGUCCUUCGCUAAAAUGUCAUUCGUUGAAUUUAAAAAUGACAAUCACGAAAUUGGGGAUAAAAAUUGCGGACAAAAUGGCGAACAAAAUGGCGGACAAAAUGGCGGCAAGUAUGCCGGUGGUAAUGAUAAUAAUUUGAGUGAAAGAAAGAAGAGAAGAAUCGAGAAUGAAUCAAGUUCUAGGACAAUAGAAGUGUAUUUCAGGUGCUGUAGAGAACUGAAAAUUGUAUCGGCGCUAAAUUUAUUAGUAGAGCAGCAGCCACACGUAGUCGACCAAACUUUUAGGGUCAUGCACCCUGAGCAGUCAUUUUUUAAGAAGACUUUCAGACUGCCUAGAAGUUUACUGAUUGGUACAUCCAGAAACAUGUACGUGAGGUCUUCAGAUCCAAAUAUCAUCUGUCAUUGUAACAGUUCCGUGGACCUUGGCGAGGAUGUUGAUGUCUUUGUUAAGGUAGCUUGUGGACAAGCUCCUCAAUUAAAAAUCUUCUUCCUAGCCCUUUACAACGACGCGUACCUUUCGAGACCUUUCAACAUCUGGAGGGUGGAGUUGAAGGUCAUGGAGAAAAUUGACGUAGCUGCCAUUCAGGGACAGACCUCAAGAUUCGCUCUGAUGUUGAGGGGUGGGCUCUCAUCGCGAUUGGUUCGCUGUUACCCCUCUCACCCUGACCUCAUGUCUCUCUCACCCGACGAGCCUUUUAUGCUACUGGCUGGCAAUCUCCAACAAAUCAACGUCGGCGUACGUCCAUUAAAAGUUGGCGUGGCCACGAUGUCAAUCAAUGUCGUUGACGUCGAAGCCCACCAAUUAGUGAACGGCUGGAUGAUUCAGGUGGUCAGCAGGGAGCCAAUCAUAAGCAAGCAUUUUGAAAUGACGAUUCCUAUUGGCGGAGCAGGAGAGAGCAAGAGAAUUUCAUUCACCAAUCCGUACGGGGUCAGAAAGACCUUUUUCCUGCGAACCACCAGACCCGAUCUGAUCCGGUUCAAGCAGCACCAAUUGAACCUUGACCCCGGCCAGCAAGGUCAAAUUGGUUUGAAAUUUUUAAGCGCCAGGAAAAGAUUCAAAACAAAAAUUUUAGUUCUCAUAAACGAUGAGGAUGAUAAAAAUGAAGAAACAUUUGCCAUCACUGUCGAGUAUAGAUACGUGUAACUGUCCGAAUGUGUGUGUGUGUCUCUAUGUGUGUGUGUGUGUGUAUGUAUGUGUGUCUGUGUGUGUGUCUGUGUGUGUUAUGUAUUUCCAAUAACGCUUAGUGCUAAGAUUUGUAUUUAAAAAAAAAAAACAAAAAAACCCUGUUGAAACUA